AUGAAGAAUCAUUAGCAUUCGAGGCACACUUUCUCGAGGCAGGUGACUAGUUUUAAAACCGUUACACUGAGUUGCGCACGUACGCUGUUUAAGUUUGUGUUUUUGAUUUAAAACUAUCUUAAAAAGAGAAAAAUUUUGUACUAGUGUUUUAUUAUUCUUCAAAAAUGGAAAAGUGUUGGAGGUUUUUCAUUUUAAUGCUUGUCGUGGGUUUAUCUAUGGUGAUCACCACGGAAUCGACGGUUCCACAACCACGAGCACCAAAUUUCCAAUACUUCGAAAGGCCAAAAUAUCGGUAUCCGUAUUAUGAUGAAAAUGGCAAAGGAAAGCUACUGUACGGCUAUGGAGGACCAGAAUUAUAUCAAUACAAAUCAUAUUCGCCACUUGAAGGCAUUCACUAAAAUGUAUUAAAUAUAUACAUUGCAACGUGUAUGUAUAUGGAUA